UGGUGUUAUCAAGCUGAGAAGAGUCAACACUAAACAGUCACUGAAGACUUAGAAAUGGCUUCCAUUCCAUCAUGUACCAGUGCUACUUCCAACUCAUGCUUCACCUCCAACUCCUUCAGUUCUCCAUCUUCUUCUCUCAAACUCAUUGCCCAGUUUCUGGGUACCCGAAACAAGCUUGGUCAGGUCAGACCCUUCCGUCUUGGACCCUCCAAGUGCUGGUUCAAAUUCAGUAAAAGCGGUAUAGAUGCUAUGGCCAAGGUUGCUGGAAUCUAUGCAAGCCAAUCCGGUGGCGAGUUUGGUCAAGAUAAUGUCGAGCAGAUGGGAGUGGAGAAGCAAGUUCUGAAGGCUGGAACUGGUCCCAAACCGGUGGCAGGUCAGAAUGUGACCGUUCAUUGCACCGGUUAUGGAAAAGAUGGUGAUUUGAAUCUGAAGUUUUGGAGCACUGAGGACCCAGGGCAGCAGCCUUUCACCUUCAGAAUUGGGCAAGGGUCUGUUAUAAAAGGGUGGGAUGAAGGAGUCCUUGGAAUGCAAGUUGGAGAAGUUGCACGAUUCCGGUGCUCUCCGGAUUAUGCUUAUGGAGCUAGUGGAUUUCCUGCUUGGGGGAUACAACCCAAUUCAAUUUUGGAUUUUGAGAUUGAAGUACUGAAAUUGGACUGACAUCAGGGGCAGGAGAGUUGCAAUAUCUGCAAAUCCAUACGCAUAACAUAACAAGUGGCAUGUUGUCACUAAGGAGGUGAAGGACUAAGAAGUAGAAGCGAGAACAGGUGGAAACAAGGGCCGUGAACGAGUGUGUGCUCAGAACACAGCCUAAAAGCUUGAGGGUGUUACGGACUGGACUCUCGAGUUCCAUUUCUAGAGCAUAGACAGUGAAUUCAGACACUCUUAAGAUGACAUUUAGGAACGCUCAGUGAUG